GUAUCUCUCUUUCUCCCUAAUGAACUUUAACGAAUGACUCCUCUUUAAAUCCGCGGCCGGGCAGUCCUAUUCCAAACUAACUAACAAAACUGCCUGUUGAUUAUUAAAGAAAAUACAUCCAGCGAGCCAGCCAUGCCAGCAGCUGAUUCCACAUUUACCAGAGAGAAUAUCAUGAAGACACUCGGCGAUGAAAUCUUAAAGACGGUCCGUGGUGUCACGACCGCUUUUAACAAAGACAAUCAUAAUGUCGUAGAUGCCGAUAGCCACGCAAGUGCUGUCAUCACUCUAGCGGGAAACAACACGGGAGCCAGCAUGAAAGGGGAGACGGAGGACAGAAAAGCCGCGGGGAUUGAAGGCGAAAACGAGGAGGAGAUGAGAACAUUUCUUAAUAGUAAUUUUCAAGCGGUUAAUAACUCCAUCAUGUUUGGGGGAAGUUAUAGUUCUAAUGAUCCCGGUGUGCACUUGGAAGUUGUGGACUAUACCACCGGGCAUCGUCAUCCCGAAAAGAAGAAGACGAAGACGAAGACGAAGAAGGGCGAGAAUGAAGCCGAGGGGUCGCCUUCAUUGGACGAAGAGAAGCAUCAUUAAUCAGACAAAUGCAGCUGUGCAUCAUAUCAAUGAGUAUGUAGUUUUCAGAGUUCUUAUGUUUUGAUUGAAUCUUCCAAUUUGGGAAUGCCAUGUUUGUGUUAUACUGUUAUGCAAUUACUGUUGAAUCUUUCAUUUAUUUGUAUGGGCGCAUCUAUGUACCAUGUUCAACUACUACACUAAUAAGUACUCUCUCUGUCCUGAAAUAA